AUGAAUUCUCUAAAUAGAGUGUUAGCUUUAAGUACAACUAUCCCGAAGAAUACGAGGUUGAUUUCAACAAGUGCACGAUUAGCGAACGCCGAUGAUGGAUGGUUUUCGAAGCUGUUGGUGCGAAGGAUUGAACCAACGAAGGAGUCCCACAGUCGGAUGCUUAGUGACAAGGAGAUAAUUUAUGCACUCCACACACAUAACAUAAGGCCCGACUCGAUGGACAAAUACUUGCAAAAUUACAAAACUUCAGUUGAGUUUGUCCAUUCACAAAAAGCAGAACUGGGAUGCGAGUUAGUGGGAUCAUGGACAGUGUCCGUGGGAGAUAUGGACCAGGCCUUGCACCUCUGGAGAUAUGUUGGAGGAUUCGAAAAGAUUGAUAAAGCAAAGAUUAUGUUCAAAGAAAAUGCUGAUUAUAGAGCAUUAGAGAAGGAGCGUGGUAGCUUAGUAAGAUCCCGACACUUACAAUACCUGCUGGCAUUUAGCUUUUGGCCCAAUGGAGAACCUCGCGAGCCCAGCAACAUUUACGAAAUUCGUUCUUACAGUCUGAAGCCGGGAACUAUGAUCGAGUGGGGCAACAACUGGGCUCGCGGUCUCACUUACCGUCGAUCACAGAAUGAAGCAUUUGCUGGAUACUUCUCGCAGAUUGGACGACUCUACAACGUGCAUCACAUUUGGUGCUACAAAGAUCUUCAAGCUCGUCGUGAGACACGUGAGAGCACAUGGCGCAACCCUGGCUGGGACGAGUGCGUGGCCUACACAGUGCCACUCAUCCGCGAGAUGCACUGCCGUAUCCUCGAACCCACACAGUUCUCUCCCACUCAGUAA